GCGAUUCCGAUGGCUCAAUAAGCAAACAGUCAACAUGAGACCUUCGUUGCGUAUGCACGAGCUUGUGACGCACAUCAACUCGGUUGCCCAGCAGCUGGGAUUGGAUAUGCUGACGGUCAAUGUUAAAUACAUUGGCCGCACCUGGAUCACAAUAUCAGCGCCGAUAACCUACGCGAUCUUCGGCGUCAACUGGGGCAUCAUAGAGGCGCGACGGCAUUGGAUGGAGGGCAUUAAGUCCUGCAUUAUGCUGGGCGGUCUCGUGAGCGGCUCGGCCAAGUUACUCACCAUACUGCUCAGGCAUACGCCCAUCAGGGAUCUGUUACACUAUAUUAUAAGAAUCUAUGAAGAGUACGAGAAACGCGGUGUCGACUAUUGUAACACUCUCAACUUCGGCAUCGAUCGAGUGAACAAAAUACAGCGCAUCAUUUUCGUCGGCUACUCAAUUACGUUCCUCAUAAUGCUCUUGAUACCUUUGGUAUUACUCGUCUACAAGGGCAUACGCAUCACAGUCAUGCCAUAUGAGAUACCGGGCCUGUCGCUCGACUCUAAUAUCGGCUAUGGGCUCACAUAUCUGCAGCACACGAUACCAGAGGUGGUGGGCGGCGUUGGCUUCUAUUUGGGCGAUAUGUUGGUACUGCUAGCCCUAAUCCAGAUCCAAACAUUCGCCGACAUUUUCCAGCUGAAAGCGAGUGCCUUGAACGAUGCGCUCGAUCGCAAAGAGCAGUCCAGAUAUGUGAGCAAUGUUGGCGAAUAUAUCGAUUUCGAUGUACAGGCACUGCUAAUGGACUUAAUCAAUUGGCAUCAGCUGUUCGUGGACUAUUGUGAAUUGGUCGAGAAGAUCUAUGACAAUCUGAUCGCUGCUCAGGUGUUUGCAGCUUCGGUGUCAAUUGUCGUUUGCCUAUGCGUGAAUCUCAAUGGAUUUCACCUGAUUUCUGCCAUCUUCUUUUUGGUUAGCGCCUACUCGAUGACAGUCUACUGCGUUGUGGGCACACAAAUUGAGUUCGCUUAUGAUCAGGUGUACGAGACCGUCUGCUGCUUGAGUUGGCAUGAACUGAAUUGUGAUCAACGCAAAUUGUAUGCUGUGAUGCUGCAGAGGGCGCAGAAUAUGAAAAUCAUCGUAUUGCUUGGCCUUGUGCCACUCAGCUUGGGCACAGCGCUGCAGCUAACAAAGCUCAUCUAUAGCAUAUCCAUGAUGAUGAUGCGGAAUCGCAAAUAA